AUGGCUGGGAGCAGCGCCAGGGCGGCCGCCCCCAUCGUCCCCACCGUCGUCUUCGUCUUCUUGCUGCUUCUUCCUCUCUCCGCCGUCCGCCAUGCGCGGGCGCAAGAAAGUGACAGCGAGGAUGAGUUCAGCUACCGGAGCGGCCGGGACAACAGCCCGGACCGGUGGGGCCUCCUCCGGUCGGACUGGGCGGCCUGCUACUGGGGCCGGCUGCAGUCCCCGAUCCGCGUCCCGGGCCCCGGCCCGGUCGCCGGCCCCCGCAACGGCCGCCUCGCCUGCACCUACCGCUCCUCGCCGGCCACCCUGGUGAACCGCGGGCACGACAUCAUGGUGAGGUUCGACGGCAACGCGGGGUCCCUGGUGCUGGACGGCGUCUCGUACCGGCUCCGGCAGAUGCACUGGCACUCCCCCAGCGAGCACGCGCUAAACGGGAGCCGGUACGACCUGGAGCUGCACAUGCUCCACCAGAGCGACAAGGCGAGCAACAAGUACGCCGUCGUCGCGCAGCUCUUCCAGAUCGGGGAGCACCGCGACGAGAUCCUGCACAUGCUGGAGCCGUUCAUCGAGAGGAUCACGGACAGGAGGAAGGGGUACGAGGAGGAGAUCGACUACGAGGUGGACCCGAGGAGGCCCGUGAGGGGGAGCGACACGUUCUACAGGUACACGGGCUCCUUCACCACGCCGCCGUGCACCGAGGGCAUCGCCUGGGCGGUGGCCACCAAGGUGCGGCAUGUGUCGCGUCACCAGGUGGAGCUGCUCAAAGACGCCGUCCACGACCAUGCCAGGAGGAACGCUCGGCCGCUCCAGGAGGCCAACGGCAGGGGCAUCGCCCUGUACGACAGCUGGCCUCGUUCCGGCCCCGGGAAUUAAGACGGCCGGAAGCACUGAAUCUGUUGCGUUAACCUCUGUUGCACUGAACGUUGUAACGUAGUUGAUCUUGGAUGCACUGAAUCUGCGUUCAUGCUGUGGCUGAAUAUAUAGGUCAUAGUUUACAUGUUUUUUCUGUUGUAAUCACGUAGAGGCAGGCCACGAUCUGUCCGUGUGAUGGCACGAGAUAACCGGAUCAUGACCAACAAGUUUGCUAGAGCAUCUCCAACAGCUUUUCUAUAUUUGCACUCACUUGCUAUUGCUUACACAGCGCCACACCAAAAGCGGUACUCUUUUGUAUCUGCUCAAGUUAUUUAUCUCAGCAAGA